UUUUGUCUAUGAGCAAUGAGAGACGAGAAUCAAGAAAUGGUGCAGACGGUGUCGACGCGCUAUUUCUCGUUUUAAAAAUAAUUAAUAACAAUAUCACGUAGUUCAAACUAGUUUAGUUUAUACGUAAUACAUGUUUGAAGUUUUAUCAAUUAAGUAAAAUUUAACAUGGAACCGGCUAAUACCGGGACCGGGUCGCCUGGUCUAAUUGGUUCGGGAUCUCUCAUUCCACCGACUAUGUUAGGUGGUAUGGCCCCGCCAAUGCCACAGUCUGUAGGCAUACCUGCUUCAGCAGUUGGCAUGCCACCUGUGCCUGGGAUACCUCCUAACAUGGCCGGUAUGCCACCGCCGAUGAGUUUUCCACCUAUGAUACCACCAUUUUCGAUGCCUCCACCAGGAUUCCCGGCAUUUAAAGCUGAUAUGAAUGCUCCGGCUCCAGAUGUUGCUCCAAUGGCCAAUCAAAGCAGCCCCUGGUCUGAACACAAAGCUCCAGAUGGAAGAACAUACUAUUACAAUUCUGUUAGUAAACAAAGUCUUUGGGAGAAACCUGAUGAUUUGAAGACCCCAGCAGAGAAACUUUUGUCUGCCUGUGUUUGGAAAGAAUACACAACAGAUGCUGGACGUGUGUAUUACCACAACAUUGAAACAAAGGAAUCAAGCUGGAUUAUACCUAAAGAGCUGCAAGAAAUCAAAGAUAAAAUUGCAGCUGAGGAAGCUGCACAGGCAGCACUCAGUGCAGAAGUUCCGCCUGGAGAGGUGCCUUUACCAAUGUCUCCUUCAAAUCAAACUGGAAGCUCGGCCUUAGAUGAAGCAAUGGCUAAAACUCUUGCAGCCAUAGAUCCUAAUCUUGCCAAUUCAAUACCAAUACCAGAAGAAAGUAAACCUGAAGAAAUGAAUGUUCCAACACAAAACAAUAUUAUUGAGGUUCCAGAAAAUCCACCAGAGCUACAAUAUAAGGACAAGAAAGAAGCUAUUGAGGCUUUCAAGGAACUUUUAAAAGACCGAAAUGUGCCGUCAAAUGCGACAUGGGAGCAAUGUGUAAAGAUAAUAUCUAAAGAUCCUCGCUAUGCAACUUUUAAAAAGCUAAAUGAGAAGAAACAAGCAUUUAAUGCUUAUAAAACACAAAAGUUGAAAGAUGAACGAGAAGAGCAACGAUUGAAAACUAAGAAAAAUAGGGAAAACUUGGAAGAAUUUCUGUUAAGUUGUGACCGAGUGACAUCAUUGACCAAAUAUUACAAAUGUGAAGAAAUGUUUAACAAUCUUGAGAUAUGGCGUUGUGUUCCUGAAUCUGACCGUAGAGAUAUAUUUGAAGAUUGUAUAUUCACAAUUACUAAACGUGAAAAAGAAGAAGCUAAGGCUUUGAAGAAACGUAACAUGAAGAUGUUAGCACAGGUGUUGGAAAAUAUGAAUGAAAUCACAUACAGUAGCACCUGGAGCGAGGCGCAGGUGUUGCUAUUAGAAAACUCUGCUUUUAAGAAUGACGUAAGCUUACUAGGGAUGGACAAAGAAGACGCACUUAUCGUGUUUGAACAACAUAUUAGGAAUUUAGAAGCUGAAUAUUUACAAGAGAGGGAACAAGUUAAAAAAAGGAAUAAGAGACAACAAAGAAAGAAUAGAGAUAACUUCUUGGUAUUACUGGAUACUUUACAUGAAGAAGGUAAACUUACCUCAAUGUCUUUAUGGGUCGAGUUGUACCCAGUAAUAUCAGCUGACAUGCGGUUCUCAGCUAUGCUUGGACAGAAUGGCUCUACUCCAUUAGAUUUAUUCAAAUUCUAUGUAGAAAAUUUGAAAGCGCGUUUCCAUGAUGAAAAGAAAGUAAUUAAGGAGAUAUUGAAGGAAAAAAGCUUUGAAGUGAAACCUGACACUACUUUUGAAGAAUUUGCUACUGUUGUUUGUGAAGACAGCAAGUCAGCAUCUCUUGAUGCAGGCAAUGUCAAGCUCACUUACAAUUCAUUACUUGAAAAGGCUGAAGCCCGGAAUAAAGAAAAGAUAAAAGAAGAAUCGAAAGCACAAAAGAAAAUAGAAAGUGCCUUUAAAUGGGCUUUGACUGAAGCAAAUAUAGACCAUCAGCUGUCAUGGAACGAGGUUAAAGAGAAAUUAGAUCUGAAUGCCCCGGAGUUCGCCGCCGUGCCCUAUGAAGAGGAUAGGGUUAGGAUAUACAAAGAUUUCCAGCAUGAACAGGAGGAAAGUUGUUUGCAUUAUCAUCAUCCGAAAUCAAGAAAAGCAAAGCGCUCCAAAAAGAAGAAACGCUCGCAUUCCGCUUCAUUGUCCAGGUCACGGUCUCCCUCACCUAUGCAAACCGCCCGCUCCCCGUCGCCGGCCCCCAGCCACGGCACAUGGACUUCAGAUGAAGGCAGAAAACACAAGAAGUCAAAGAAGAAGCACCGCAAGCACUCUCCUUUACCUAAAUCCCCGACUCCCGAAGAGGGUGGUAUAACAGAUGACGAAGCAAUUCGUCACAAGAGUAAGAAGUCAAAACGUAGCGCUCCAAGUAGUCCUGAGGAGGAAACACAUGAGCUCCCUCAUAAACCCAAGAAAAAGAAAGACAAGAAGGAAAAGAAAGAACGGUCCAGCGGAUCGACAGCGUGGAGUGAUGCGGAGCUGGAGUCUCGUCGCGCUGCCUUGCUGGCCCAACUGCACGAACACGAGGCAGACUGACGUCGCGUUACUCACAUACACAUCUUCAACGACUAUCCGAAAGCGCCUGCGACCACGGCCACGGCUACGACCACUGCCACGGCGACUGCCCUAGCUACUGCCACGGUCACAGUCAUGGCCACGGUCACGGCCACGGCCUCCAAUAUAGCUGAAGCCACGUUGCUCACUGGCUCACCUCAACAACACAUAGACAUUGCAGAAGUUGAAGACACACAAUACAACUCUGACAAUUUUUCAGAAUCAUAAAGUGAUACCACGAGACUACUUUUUACCCUGCAAAUAACAAUUUGUUUUAUAACAAUAUAUUACUUAUAUUAGAAUUUAUUAGUAGUAUCUCACUUGCUUCAUACAACGUGUCUCUGUCGUCAGCGCCGGCCUGGAGCAAAGCUUAAAAUGGAGCAAGAUCCAAUAAUGGUGCUUCUCCUAUUUGCUCCUAAUAUAUAUAUAUAUAUGCCUACACCAAUUCUGAUGAUCUCAAAAACGUACUCUGAAGUGACUAAUGGAAAAUCAGGCGUAAUACCAUCUACAGUCGGCUAAGAUUACAGAAUUAAUAGAGUAUCUAUUACUCGAUGACCGGAUGGCAAAGCCUUUCUUAAUUUUAAAGCACCAGGUUGGUGUUGUGAAAAUUGUUGAUGUUGCCAAAACGUUACUUUAACGUAAUUGGACUAAGUCACUGUACAACAUUUUCUCAAUUAAAAUAAUAAAUUGAUUAUUUUGGAAUUAAGUUUGUUCUUGAUAUCGAAAUUAGACUGAGCAAUUUUUUUUUUCGAAUAAAGUGUCUCACAGCAUCACGACCUACUGUUUGUUUGGUUUAAAAUUAAGAGAAUGUAUUUUGCAGGGGCACAUGUGACAUGAAUCCUUAUUUCAUCAGGAUUUAAAUUAUGAUAAAUGGAAUAUUUUGUAUAAAUAGAAUGUCAAACAAAAUUAAGAAAUAGAAUGAGUCGGAAUGUAUAAGAUGUGUCUCUUAACACAAAUAAGUUGCCAAGUUGUGUCAAAUACGAUAAACAAUUACCAUGAUUAGAUACACACUGUAGUUAAUCUAGCUAAUCUUCAACAGCUUUAUGUUUGAAUAGCAUGGCUACUUAUAAUUUACAAAUUAUUUUUGUCUCCAAUCCAAACAACAAUAUUAUCGGUAAGUUGUAUGAUACUUAUAGUUUCUAAAUAGGAAUAAAUCUUUAAAAAUUAUUUAAAUGUAUAUUUAAUUAAUUGUAAUGACUUACCUACUCUCGGCGAAUUAGUUAUUAUCUAUCAUAUUUAGAGAUGAAAACUGAAAUUUUUUUUAGGCUUUGGCAAAAAGAAUUAAAUUGUUUUUGACAUAGGAAUUAGUUUUCUGUGUGAAAAUAAAUCUAAAUGGCAUAAAACAAUAAUUUUAUUUCAG